CAUCAUUUUUUGCAUACGAAAACCGGCAUUAAUUUAUUGAUUCAAUUAAAACUGAUGAAACACUGUCAUUUCUUUUUAUAGUUGUAGAUUAUUUUUUAUAGAAAGCAUACGUCGUGUUUUACUGCUUACAGAAUCCUUAAGCAUGAGUGCAACAUCAUAUCUUACCCUGAUCACUGCAGUAAGUGUGUUCACGGCACUUUUUGCCAUUAUCUAUCAGGCGUAUCUGGCAUCGAACGAUCUGAGACAGUUAACAGUAAUAUUACAAAGUAUGAAAAAUUUAGAACAAGCAUUCCCAGUUAACAAACCUAGAGUUGCCAUCGGCUAUGGGUCUUGUAGCGAUCUGUACGUGAGGGCGGUAGAUUUCCUAAAUUUCACAAGCAGUUUGGAGAAAUCCUUACAUCAAACAACAUUGAAUGUGAAUGAUAUUACUACUGAAGAUGAGUUCCUGCAGAGUUUCGCGUAUUACUUUCAAAGAGGUGCCGCCGCAGAACGCUAUACUGCCAAUAAAGAUCUGUUUCAAAAGUUAGUCAGACAAGCAAAAAAGUCGUCGAAGGCUGAACCAAGAUGGGCUCUAGGAGGAAACGCUCCCGUGAUAGGAUCACGUUUAGCCACCGAAGGGGCUGAGGUGAUGCUAGCGGCCAAAAUGUCGUCCAAAUUGAAAUCUCAUCUAAGGCCUGAUAUCCAUUUAACUGGUAGUUUAAUCGACGACGAUGACAUUCAUCUAAUUCUAGAGUACAAAACUGGUGAUGAAUGGGGUACCAUGCGAACUCCUCGUGCUAAUCGGUACAUUUUGCACAACGAUCACCACAACCCAUUUAUUAGCUCGCUAGAAGAACUAGAACUAGCGUUACCUGGGUUUGAUCCACAUUUAUUCGUAGUUAGUGGCUUGCAAAUGAUGGAUAACUACGUCUACGAAGGUGGUGUUCGGGAAGAACGAAUCGAAAAAGUUCGUAACCAAAUUCAAGCUCAAUCUACCGACACUCUAAUCCAUUUCGAAAUGGCAAGUUUUGUUGAGCUGCAACUUCUGCAAUUACUUCUUAAAAACAUUGUACCGUACAGUGAUUCAAUCGGUAUGAACGAGCAAGAGCUAGAUAACCUACGACAAGUCUUGGAGACUGGAAAGAUCAGUUUGGUAGCAGAUAGUAAUCCCCGUGUCGCCCAGUCACUUGAUCAGGCCAGAUACGUUUUUGGCAAAAUAAAUGAAGACUUCUUCCAGUCUCACUUGACCGAUACUCGACGUCGUAUGCUCUCGCGAAUUCAUUUGCACACGCUAGCCUACCAAGCCAUCCUGGUCGCUAAAGAUAGUAAAUGGAAUAAUACAAAAAAUGCUGCUGCCAAGGCAUCCCUUACGGCUCACCGACACGUCUGUGCUAGUCCUAUCGUUAAUCCGGAUGCCUCCUAUAGACUGCUAGAUGAUAGUUUUGCCACUUCCACGCAGAGUGGAGCAGCACGAAUUCCAUUUUCAGAACUUGAACCAGUUUCCUGUUGGAAUGAAACGAUUGCAAUUAAUGGCUUGAAACGGCUGGAUGUAGAGAUUUGCGUGGCUCCGGUGCUAAUUUGUAAGGUAGCAAAACAGACUGCUGGCGCUGGGGAUAACAUUUCCGGUGCAGGUCUUAUACUGCAAAUAUAGUACAUAGUAGUGCACUCGAAAGCACUUUCGUAAUAUUCAGAGUUUAUCGUUGGGAUCUAGCUGGAAAAUUGACGCAUUUUUUGCUGUUAUUAAUUAAUCAUUUAAAGAACACUCAGACUCAUACACGUUUUAACGUUGUAGGUAAGCAUUUGUAGGGCUUUUAAACAUUCCGGCAUUAUUGUGCAAUUUUAAAUACAUUUGACAAUAA